AUGAAUGCUGCGGCAGAAGUCGAGUUCAACAUCCUUCUUGCCACCGACUCCUACAAGGUUACCCUUUAUAAACAGUACCCACCCAACACAAGCAAAGUUUAUUCUUACUUUGAAUGCCGUGAAAAGAAGACAGAAAACUCCAAAGGAAGGAAGGUGAAAUACGAGGAAACAGUAUUUUAUGGGUUGCAGUACAUUCUGAAUAAGUACUUAAAAGGUAAAGUAGUGACCAAAGAGAAAAUCCAGGAAGCCAAAGAAGUCUACAAAGAGCAUUUCCAAGAUGAUGUCUUCAAUGAGAAAGGAUGGAAUUGCAUUCUUGAGAGAUAUGAUGGGCAUCUUCCAAUAGAAAUAAAAGCUGUUCCAGAGGGCUCUGUCAUUCCCAGAGGAAACGUUCUCUUCACAGUGGAAAACACAGACCCAGAAUGUUACUGGCUUACGAAUUGGAUUGAGACUAUUCUUGUUCAGCCUUGGUAUCCAAUCACAGUGGCAACAAAUUCAAGAGAGCAGAAGAAAAUACUGGCCAAAUAUUUAUUAGAAACUUCUGGUAACUUAGAUGGUCUGGAAUAUAAAUUGCAUGAUUUUGGGUACAGAGGAGUCUCUUCCCAAGAGACUGCUGGCAUAGGGGCCUCUGCUCAUUUGGUUAACUUCAAAGGAACAGAUACAGUAGCAGGGAUUGCUUUAAUUAAGAAAUACUAUGGAACAAAAGAUCCUGUUCCAGGUUAUUCUGUUCCAGCUGCAGAACACAGCACCAUAACAGCCUGGGGGAAAGACCAUGAAAAAGAUGCUUUUGAACACAUAGUCACACAGUUUUCAUCAAUCCUCUACCCCUCUGCCCAUGAACUCCUGAACCCCUCUAACCCUGAGAAUCUCUGCCCCUGA